AAUUUCACUGCGACUGCGCGAGGCAGAAUGUUGUUGCCGUUGGUGACGCGGUUUGUAAAGAAAGGAUUGGAGAAAAAUAUAGAUAGAAAUGGAGAGGAGUCACACAUUGUGGUUCCUCCACAGAAGCUAAUUCUAUCAGGUUUCAAGCUACAGUAACCUAGCUAGGCGCAUAGCUAUAGUGUACGUUUCGAAGGCUGGAGUGGAGGUUACGUUAGCUAGCUACUGUAGCUAGCUAGUCAACCUCACCCUACUAUAGGGCCUAUGUGAUUGUCCUUUCCAAACGCCCAACUCUGCAGAGGAAGACAACAAAAUAGCUAAUCGCCAUUAUAUGAUCCAGCACUCAGCGUCAUUAUUGCCCUCCAUGUGGCUGAGGGGCUUGUGUGUGUCAGAUUAUGGCGAGAAAACCAGUUAGCAGGAAGAGGAAGGCAGGGGAGUCCAAGGACCAACAACAGUUGGGCUGGUGCCAGUCUGCGCACAAGCGGACGCGCGUGUCGUCCUCGUCCCGGCAUGCACAGCAGUGGUGGCGUAGCCGGCUCUCGGUGGUGUGCGCACUCAGGGGGCGCGAGUUUCGUCCGCAGCAGCAACAUGAGUGGCGGCUCCAGCGUAGCCUGCGGGGCUUUGCCGCCGGCCGUCUUCCGGGCAUCCUCAAGGAGCGCGAGUUCUCCCUGGGCCGCCUCAACAAGGUGUUCGCCUCCCAGUGGCUCAACCACCGCCAGGUGGUGUGUGGAACCAAGUGCAAUACGCUAUUUGUGGCAGAUGUUCUGACGGGGCAGAUCACCCGGAUCCCCAUGCUGAAGGAUGGGCACGGUUGCGGAACGGGGAUCGGGGGGACUCCAGGGGCCUCCUUCCUCCCCGGUAGUGGCUCUGUGUCCGGGCUAGACCAGCAAGGCUGCGGGAUCCACGCCAUCGAGCUCAACCCCUCCGGUACGCUACUGGCCACCGGCGGAGAUAACCCCAACAGCCUGGCCGUCUACCGGCUGCCCACCCUGGACCCGGUGUGCGUGGGCGACGAUGGCCACAAGGACUGGAUUUUCUCCAUUGCGUGGAUCAGUGACAGCAUGGCUGUGUCUGGGUCGCGGGAUGGUUCCAUGGGCCUGUGGGAGGUGUCCGACGAGAUCCUGAGCCAGGCCAUGAAACAGCAGGACGAGGAGGGAGUCCCCUGCUACUCCCACAUCUCCCACCGUGCCCUCGAGGACAUCCCCAAGGAGUACACUAAUCCCUACAACUGUAAAGUGAGGGCCUUGGCCUUCAACAACAACCACAAGGAGCUUGGUGCUGUUUCCCUGGAUGGCUAUUUCCACCUCUGGAAGGCAGAGCAAAACCUGAGCAAGCUAUUGUCCACGAAGCUGCCCCACUGCAAGGAGAACGUUUGUCUGGCAUAUGGUCAGGACUGGUCUGUGUAUGCGGUGGGCUCUCAAGCCCAUGUGUCCUUCCUUGAUCCCCGGCAGCCCACUCACAGCAUCAAGUCAGUCAGCUCCAGAGAGAGAGGAAGUGAGGCAACACGAGGCAUCCGGUCUGUGAGUUUCUACGAGCACAUAGUGACUGUGGGCACGGGCCAAGGGUCCCUGCUGUUCUAUGACAUCAGGGCCCAGAGGUUUCUGGAGGACCCUUCCUGCCCGGCCAGUGGGUACAGACAGCGCCCAGGAGAAGGCAUCCUCAAGCUGACCACAGGGAAGGGUUGGCUGAAUCAUGACGAGACGUGGAGGAGCUACUUCUCAGACAUCAACUCGUUUCCCAACGCGGUGUACACACACUGCUACGACGACUCCGGAACCAAGCUGUUUGUUGCCGGCGGACCGCUGUGCUCGGGUCUUCACGGCAACUACGCAGGCCUAUGGAGCUAGCCUUUUCUUCUCCUCCGUCUUCGGUCUCCCCGCCUCCUCCUCUUUCUGGUGUUUCACUCAGUCGUCCUUCCAGUCUCGUCCCUCCCUCACUUGUGGACUCAGGAACAUGAUCUAGCCCCCUUCUGAUCACUGCGGCUUCCAUAUUGCUAUUGUGUAUCUCAUUAACACCUUUUUGUUGCAUCCCUCCAUCCUCCCUUGAUCUUAGUCCUGUCUUUCAGUUAAUUUUUUCCUAAAGAUGAGUAACCAGUGAUGUUGUAAUGAGCUAAACGGUCCGCCUCUGAAACCAACAACAGUAGAAGAUUUCAUUUCAAUUUGCCCACCACACCACAUGGAUUAGACUUCUCUUUUUCUGGUCAUGUUUUUGUCCACUUUUAGAAGUAUGUCACAAUGGCACAGGCAGUUUCCUUGAGCUGACAUUCUGGACACUUAAGGUUCCCUUAUCCUUCUCUCUCUCACUCUCUCUGAAAUGGACAGCGAUAUAAAUAAAGAGAUGAGCAGGAAUAUAAAAUGGACAAUAUGUUUUGAAGGAAGGAACAGGAGACCUUUUUAAAAAACCAAGAGGACUUGCUCUUUUCGGACCAGCCUGUGCCACGACAGCCAAUAACAGCCAUAACGAUGAAAAAAACAACCCAAUCAGACACAAGGUGAGAAGAAGCAGAGGAUACAACCAAUCAGACAAUGGCAGCCACUUGCUCUUUUUCUUUUUUUUUUCCUUCCUGACUGAUGAUGUAAAUGAGUGCUGACUGUAGAAGCUAAAUGCCAUAGGUAUUCUGCUCUGAGUAAUCCCGGAGAAUGGUUAUUUUAUUUUGAUUCAGUGUGAUUUGACAUAAACGUACACUUGUUGAUAUUAUUACUAUCUUUAUUGUUAUUUAUUUUUUCCCCUAUCACCUUUAGUUCUGGACUAAGCCAGUCCCAUACAGAAUGCAGUUUCUGCUUGUUCUUUACUCCCAGUAUCUGGUACAUUCAUGCCAGUUGUUGUCCGGGGAGUCCCUUCGCUUGAGGGAUUUAUCGCAAAACAUGGUCAAUUAGUCAGCCAUCUAACUUGAAUAGACCUUCGCACAUGCCUGUAGAUGUUAUAGAUGAUCACUUAGACCAAUUCAAAUUCAAUACCACCUUUCUUUUACAAGGUUUUUAACUCUAGCUUGCUAACUCUCUGAGUAUGAUUUGUGACACAGCCCCCAGGUUUCAAUGUUCAAAGCCAGUUUCAGAUCUAAGAACAAGGAUACAAACCUGUAGACGAUGCUGACCUGGAGUCCCCAAAACUACAUCAGCCCCUUCCCCCUAGGCACUAAAUCUUAGGUCCUGAAUAGUUUUAAGCUAUAUGCUGACAGCUCUGUAGUGCUCUUUGAUAGGCCUGGUGGCAGCGUUGUUCUGUUUUGCCAAGACAUCCUGAUGUCUGACAGAUCUGGGGGAUGUAUUCACUAGAAACCAAAUUGAACUAAACAUUGCAGGACUUGACUACAUUUGUCCAAUAGAAGCUCUUGUUGUUGAAGACGUUUUACCGCUGCGAGUGAAGGAUUUUCAUUGUCAAAUGUUUGGCCAGUGUUUGCUAUGAUCUUGGUGUAAAUGAAUACACCCCUGGACAAGUGCAUAUGGUGUAGGACUGUAUUUGAAUACCUAUGGAGGCACCAUCCUUUUUGUCCCUGUUGGUUGAACACACUUAUUUCACCUUUUUCUAACAAGGGAUACAUUUUGCCCAGUUCCCAGACGAGUGUUCCAUUUGUCUAGCUGUGCAUCAAUCCACCUGGCAAAUUAUGUCCAGAGCCGUUCCGUGUCUGUCUGGCAACACUUUUCCCACGACCAUAGAUACAUCUGUAAUAUGUUGACUGUUCUGAUUGCAGGGUCGUCGUUUCCAUCGCGAAACAGCGAAGAAUUCCAUCCAGUUCUAUGAUUCCAAAUCCAUCUAGUUUGGUUUUUAUGCUAAAUCAAAACCAAACAUGGAUUCCAUACUGUCUUUGCAUCUGUUUGUCUAGCCAGUCAGCCUUUUAAGUGGACAACCUGCUCCUGUGUAUUGGCAGUAGAACGGAAGGUGUCCUCACAAACCUUUAUCCUUGUUUUCAUUUAGUUGAAAUGGGCUGAUGGGUACUGCAAUCAGAACAGUCUGCCAAUUAGGGAUACCGUCCAACGAGGGACAGGUGCUGCCAGAAUGGCUACAGUCAACGGUACUAAUCUCACGCUUUUGUUAUUUAAUGCCCUGACACGGAAUGUUGUUGUUAAAAUAACUGCGUACGCUGACGCCGUGCUUCAUAGCGAUGAGUGUAGCUGCUCUUUUCCUUGUGUGCUAAGACAGCUUUGAUUUAAGUAACGUUGUUACCUUUCUAUAGUCUUUCUGUGAAAGACUGUUGCGGGCUUACAUUGUUUUGCUUUUUUACAUGGAAAUUUGCUUUGGUUUUCAUUAUAAUGUGAGAACAAAACAACAGACCCUAAUUCCAACCAUAAAUAGAACAAAUUUAAAAAAAAAAUAACAAGUUUUAAAGUGUAUUUUAUAUAUAAAUGUGUAUAUGUAAAAUGCAUAGGGACAAAUGCAUACAUUUCUAUGUAUACGUUUGAGCAAGUGUGGACUGACCCAUGUCUUUUCUUUGGUGGUGACCUCUUUUAUACACACCUCAUGAAUGUUUUUACAAAUUACUGAACCUGAGGAUAUUGUAUGAUAUCAACAGCUGAAACCAACCUAUAAAAUCUUUAGAGAAAAUAAUGACAAAAAUAAAAAUUAUAUUGAUGUAAUAUUUAUCAGAUUUCA